ACUCAGACUCUAUAUAUGAUCUGGUGGUCUCUAUCUAGUCAGUCCCGUCUCUUCAAGACAGGAACCAUGUGGCCUCUUAUUCUUCUCCUUGUCGCUUCCGGUGUCACCGGAAAGGACAUGACAACUAAGUUUGAGUUGAUGCAACACUGGGACAACAACUUUGAGGGCAAGUUCUGCUUCAAACUGGCAGCCGCCACGAUCGGCUGGGAGAUCGACAUCACCUUCAGUGCACCAGUGCAGGGCAUCCAGCAAUGGGACGGCGACUACAUUCACGGGACCAGUUCAGGGUGUUCCAGCAAAUACUCCUUGGUCAACAAGGGGUCAAAGGGCAUUUACGCUGCCGGGGAUUCUUUAUGCUUGCGCAUGACGGGCAAGGUUUGUAGCGGCGGUGCUCCUACCGGAACUGCAAUCCUGAAGGAUCUCUCAGAUGACCACCAGACCCUUCCCAGAAUCCCUCAAGUUUCAGGUGCCGAGCACACCAAGUAUAACUACGCUGAAGUGUUGAUGAAGUCCAUCCUGUUCUACGAAGCCCAACGAUCCGGUAAACUUCCGGCGAAUAACCGCAUCCCAUGGAGGGCCGACUCCGCCCUUGGUGAUAAGUGUCAGGGGGAGGAUCUCACUGGGGGAUGGUAUGACGCUGGAGACAACGUUAAGUUCAACUUCCCGAUGGCGUGGAGUACGACGGUGUUGUCAUGGGGCUUGUUAAUGUGGAAGGACGCCUACGUUAAGUCUGGUCAACUCGACGUAAUGUACCAAAGCAUCAAGUGGCCACUGGACUACUUCAUCAAGUGUCACACCAAACCCAACGAGCUGUAUGUCCAGGUGGGCGAUGGCGGUGUUGACCAUGGCUCUUGGACUAGCCCAGAGCGCAUGACCGAAAAGAGACCCUCCUUCAAAAUCGAUGCUUCUAAUCCGGGAUCUGAUAUUGCCAUGGAAACUGCUGCUGCAAUGGCAGCUGGAUCCAUUGUCUUCAAGCAAAAAGGAGACACUGCAUAUGCAAACACACUCUUGACCCAUGCCAAACAGCUGUUCGAGUUUGGAAAGGCACAUCCUGGUAAAUACAGCGACAGUGUCAACGCCGCAGCUGCAUAUUACAAGUCCCAGGACUACGAGGACGAGUUCAGCUGGGGAGGGAUGUGGCUGUACAAGGCUACUGGAGACAAGAAGUACCUUGCCUUCGCCGAGCAACACUUCGUGACAGCUAACACAGCUCUUCUGGCUCUUGUUGCUGCUGACGCCGGAAUCGAUCCCGUAAACAACCGGAAGUGGGCCAUGUCUCAGAUCAACUACGCCCUCGGUGACGCCGGGCGGAGUUUUGUCGUCGGCUUUGGCACCAACCCACCACAACGUCCCCACCACAGAGCUGCGUCGUGUCCCAUGCUGCCUGCCCCGUGUGGGUUUGACGAGGAGCAGAUGCAAGGUCCCGACCCCCACACGCUGUACGGCGCCAUGGUGGGCGGCCCCUGUAAAGACGACCGUUACACCGACGACAGAACUGACUACGAAAACGAGGUGGCAUGCGACUACAACGCAGGAUUCCAAUCUGCCGUUGCAGGUCUGCUUCAUCUUGCCAUUGCCAAGGAACUGCCGUCUUCUUACAAGGAUGUGUGCCCGUAGAAAUAAAUGUGUAUAGUGUA